AUGGUUCCGACAGCGCCGACCCCGCGGCUGUCGGGCGAUCAAGUAAAGUAUCCUCAGACUCCCUUUUUUCAGGGACCCCUGAAGCCAUCUCGGAUCGAAUGCGAUGUAGUCGAACUGGAGACGAGUGGCUGCGUCCCAAAAGACAUCAACGGAACCUUCUUCCGUGUCCAGCCUGAUCCACGCUUCCCGCCUAUGUAUGAGGAAGAUGUCAAUUUCAGUGGUGACGGCAUGGUCAGCGCAAUCAACUUCCGUAACGGCCAUGUCGACUUCAAGCAGCGCUAUGUCCACACGGAUCGGUUCCAGGCAGAAUCGAAGCAUCGGAAAGCCUUGUUUGGCAAAUACCGCAACCCUUACACAGACAAUGAAAUGGUCAAGGGAGUCAUCCGAACGGUAUCAAACACGAACGUCUACUUCUGGCGCGGUGUAUUGCUGGCCUCAAAAGAGGACGGGCCGCCCUUUGCGAUGGAUUCCUCCACCCUUGAGACAAUUGGGCGUUACGAUUUCGAAGGUCAAAUGAAGGCACCCUGCUUCACUGCGCAUCCAAAGAUCGAUCCAGAUACGGGAGAGAUGAUUGCAUUUGCCUACGAAGCGGGAGGCGAUGGCCAAGAUGCCUCAUGCGACAUCGUGGUGUGGACGUUUGAACCUAUCCAUGGAAAGAAGACGGAGGAGACCUGGUACAAGGCUCCGUUUUGUGGCAUGAUCCAUGAUUGUGCACUCACCAAAAACUAUCUCAUCCUGCCAAUGACGCCAUUGAAGAGUGAUCUCGACCGCCUCAAGAAUGGUGGCAAUCACUGGUCUUGGGACCCAGAAGAGGAUCAGUACUACGGCAUAGUGCCGCGUCGAGGAGGAAAGCCGGAUGAUAUCAUUUGGCUACGGGCAAAGAAUGGUUUCCAUGGGCAUGUUGCUGGAGCCUAUGAGGACGAAAACGGCCAUAUCGUGUGCGACUUGACAGUCGCAGAUGGCAAUGUUUUCUUCUGGUGGCCUCCAACGAACGUUGGGCCACACAUCUCGCAGGCUGGUGCACGCCAGAAGCUCAUCUCUGACACGUAUCGUUGGGUGUUCGACCCAAAGAGCCCAACGAAUACACACGUUGAACCAUUCAAACUGUACGGCAUCAACGGAGAAUUUUCCCGCAUCGACGACCGAUUCGUCACAAAAUACUACAGCCACUUCUGGCAGCUCCAGAUGGACCCGACACGGCGCUACGACGUGGAGAAAUGCGGCCCGCCAGCUGGUGGAUUGUGGAACGUCAUCGGACAUUAUAACUGGGAGACUGGUAUCAAAGAUGAAUACUACUACGGACCUACGUGUACCUUCCAAGAGCCUGUCUUCAUUCCCAAGGCCGGAUCGACAAUCGAGGGCGAGGGUUAUCUCGUGGCGCUGUUGAACCAUCUGGAUGUCCAACGCAACGACAUUUUAAUCUUUGACGCGCUGAAUCUCUCGCAAGGACCGAUUGCUUCAGUUCACUUACCACUCCGACUUCGUAUGGGGCUUCACGGGAAUUUUGUGGACCAGAAUGAGAUUGAUGAAUGGAGCCGAAGGAGAAGCGAAGCCGGGGACGUGGGUCCAGUGAAGGUGGCCGAGAAAGCCGUGUAG